UAAAAGCCAGACGCUUAACCAAUCACGGCAGUCGCGUGGAGCAUCACGGGAACUCUGGGGCUAUAAAAGACCGAGUUGCUAUUUUAUACUCACCGAAUCACUCAUCCUUUAAGUAAGCAGGGUGGGGCUGGGUGCGCCUGCGCGGUUUUAAAACCCCUCCCCAAACUGCCAACACUUCGCGCAAGCGAAGUAGAUCUUCCUUGCUUUAUAUUACGCGUGCGCACUGACAGGCCUAACCCCGGAAGACCAUACGCUUGCGCAGUGGAGACUACAGUGACAGUACACCCGGUGGGGCGCUGGCCAGUCAUGGCGGAGCCUUGGGCUGGGCAGUUUCUGCAAGCUUUGCCCGCCACGGUGCUCGGAGCGCUGGGCACCCUGGGCAGCGAGUUUCUGCGGGAGUGGGAGACACAAGAUAUGCGAGUGACUCUCUUCAAGCUGCUCCUGCUUUGGUUGGUGUUAAGUCUCCUGGGCAUCCAGCUGGCGUGGGGGUUCUACGGGAACACAGUGACCGGGUUGUAUCACCGUCCAGGUCUGGGUGGCCAGAAUGGAUCCACACCUGAUGGCUCCACACAUUUCCCUUCAUGGGAAAUGGCAGCAAAUGAAGCUCUCAAAACUCACAGAGAAUAAGGGAAGGCAGCAGGAGAAGGGUCUCCAGAGAUAUCGCUGGGUCUGCUGGCUCCUGUGUUGUACCUUGCUGCUGUCCAGACCCCUUAGGCAACUGCAGAGGGCUUGGGGUUGGGGGACUGGAGUACCAUGAUGCUCCCAGGGUGAGCCUCCACUGCCCUCAGCCUUGCCUCCAACAGCGUCAGGUACUGGGCAGGUGAAGUUUGUCUCCAACAAACGGAAAGCCUUCUUGUCAAGGUCAUAGCUGAGAAACAUUUUGGUUGAGGAGGUCAGUAGUCCCUUUUCUCACCUUGGCUUUUUCCUGACUUACUCAUCCCCUUGGGGAUGUGAUCUUAAGAGUAGUUUGUCUUUGUAAGAGAAAUCUUGAGGUUGGCCAGUUCUGAGAUUUAGAAGGAAAGUCCAUUCUCCCAUGGGCCCUGAUUUCCUUGGCCUCGCUUUGUAGGCAGAAAGCCAGCUAAUCCUGGCCUGGAUGAAGCACCAAACCUGUCCCUCCCUGGCCCAUCUAGAAUUGUCCAGGUCUGAGGCAGGCGAGGAAGUUAUCACUUCCCAAUGGACUUAUUUCUGUUCUUUUUGAGGACAAGUUGAGUUCCUGAGACAUCUCACUAAGAGCCCCUGGCAUUGGCUAGCUUCUCCACUGUUUCAGUACCCACAGGCUUCGUUGGUCUGUACUCGUCCCCGCCUAGGGAGGUACUAAGCAGUUAGUGCAGUGACUUCAUUGUGCCCUGCUGCCUUAUUACUUCCCAUCUUGAGAAGGGCCUCGCCCUGAGAGUCCACCAGCAUCAUUUUAGCCCCUAGGACUAUCAGUAAGAGUGAGCUGCAAGCCAGAUAGUUGUGGACCCUCCCCCAAGGGGGUGGGUGGCCAGUGUCCCCAUGAAAACACCACAUCCUGAGAGCACUAUGGUUCCUAAGAGCAUUGUGGUCUUGGAUCUGCCUCCUCUAAUGGUUGUACUCCUGUCUCUGCUGGGCUACUAGCUACCUCAGGUGUCCACUGUCUUUGUUAGAUGUCACAUAGCCACCUGGCAGCCAUUGCCUACAGGGACUUUGUAGCAGGUGUACUGUGGGUGAAACUGUAUGGAGCUCCUCGUGCACAUGUACCUACUCCAGAGAUGUCAUCUGUGUGGCAGAAAGAUGUUCUUCACAGCCUCAUGCCCACCCUCUGACAUCACUACAAGAGUCAAGGUCUCACAUUCCACCCCAGGAGCAACUGAAGAUGUGACUUAUUAAACACAGAAGUGCA